AUGGGGCGCGCAACGAACGCCUCACUCCGGGUCUUCCAGGCCUGCCUGGCCGCGGCCGGCAUUGCGCUUUCAGCCUACGUCAUCAACUGGUUCUUGACCGACACGCGGCACGGCUCGCCCGGGGCAGUCACCUUCCUCGCCUUCGCCUCGGGCGUCUCCCUGGUGUCGGUCCUGUACCUGGAGCUCGUGCCCCGGGUGUGCCCGCGCAUCUGGAACCCGUACGUCACGCUCGCCUUUGAGGGCACCAACACGGCACUGUACUUUGGCGGCUUCAUUGCGUACGCCGUCUUCCUCGGCACGCUGAAGUUUUGUCGCGGCACCGUGUGCCUGGCGGGCCGGGCCGAGUCGGUGGUUGCGGCGGCGGCGUUUUGCGCGUGGAUUGCGUCGACCAUCCUGACGGCCAAGACUAUCAUCAUCAGUCGCGGCCGGGCUGCUGAGCCUCAGGCUAAGGCCUUGUCGGCGCGAGCGGUGUGA